CAGUUAGAAAACAAACAAUAUAAAGGUUGGGCGUUCUAUAAAACCGUCAUGAGAAUGAAUUAUUUCUCAUAUUCGAAUGAUGUUUCAAUACGCUCUCUAUGUGCUCUGGAUCUUAUUGUUGAAUUGCUAUGCUCAUCGGAGUUAUUCUCAAUUGUCGGAGACAUCCCAGUCAAAAAGAACAACUAUUGAAAAACAUGCACCGGUUACUAUCAGAAAUGAGAAUUUGGGUGAUUUAAGAUUAUCAGUUACAACGGAUGGGCAAGAAAAUCGAUUCAAAAAGUCCAGUGACGUUAUCGCGAGUGCACCACGUGACAGUGAUGAUACUUCUUAUUCGUUACGUGCGAAAAAUAAAGGAGUCACUUCGCAUCAGAAAAAAUUAUCAACACGUAAUGAUAAACCAGUAUCAUUGAAUAAUACAAAAAAUGGAACUAAGGGACAUCAUAAAAAUUCCUCAGCAACUGAUCAUCAGCGAAUUAAGCAUCUAAAUAAAUUGAAUUCCAAAGAGAAAGUAUUACUUUAUAAAGAUCUCAAAGUCAAAUAUAAAAAAACGCCUAAUAGAUACAAUAAUGUAACUGCAAAUGAGACAAUCAAUAAGAGUACCAAUGACCAGAAUCUUUCCAUGAACAUGACGAUCGAAAACAAAAAGAUUCCUACUCCGUAUCCUGAUCCCUUGAAUGCGAAGUCGCCAUUAUCACGAUCAGUGUCUAAUGAUGAUGUUGAUGGAUCUGGUGAUUUUUCAGAUAACGUUUCUGAAAUGUCAUUCAGAUUGAUGCCACCUCCUUCAUAUGGUAAAUUUCGAAGCAAAACAAGUGAUGAUCCAUUUCGUGCAUAUCAUCCUAGCAGUCCAGAAAAUCAUCGAUCAUCGGGUCUACCUGGAUAUAGACCGGGACAUAGACCAGGAUAUAGACCAGGAUAUAAACCGGGAUAUAGACCAGGAUAUAGACCAGGAUAUAGACCAGGAUAUAGACCAGGAUAUAGACCAGGAUAUAAACCGGGAUAUAAACCGGGAUAUAGACCAGGAUAUAAACCAGCAUAUCAAACACUAUAUCGACCUGCCAACUGGGGCUCAUAUAUGCGACCAAAUUUUCAAGGACAUCAACAAACACUUCAACUACCUGCGCAACAACCAGGAGUUCUUGACCCUAUUACUGUUUCUUGUACUCAGUGUACCCCAAUGGGUCAAGUGAGCCCUUUUCGUUGGUUUUUCGACUUUCCACUUAUGGUUUUAUUUUAGCCAGACGUAAACGUGCUGCAUUGAGUGUACCUUUUAAUGUGAACUGAAAUCUAUGAAUAAUUAUUCUCAAGCCGUACUGUACCCUCUAUCAUUCACGUGAACGAUUGUAAUUAAAGUUUUAAAUAAUA